ACGAGACUGCGAAAGGGGGUGUCGAAGCGUCAGAAGGGAGGUCGUUGGUGUACAUGGUGACGGCGGAGGGUUUGGAAUCGUAGUCAGAGGGGUUUUAAAGUGGGUUGGAUUGUAUCUGAAAGAUCAGAGGUGGGAAAUGGGUACAUGUGUGUAAAACUAAACGUGUCAGUUCGAAAAAUAGGUGAAGGUGAAAAAGAAAUGGGCUAGGAGGAGAGGACGGUUGUUGUUUCAGACGGCGAGAGGCUGGCAGCGCGAGCUCCUUGGGGAAAUUUUCUUCUGGAAAGUGAAUGGUGGUGGCAGCAGGGGAGCGAGCUGAAACUUGUUUGAUGAAUUUUUACUUGUUCAACGAAAGGAACUGUCCUCGGUCCGCCCGAGCAUGGAGCGUAGCUCGUGAGAGGAUGAGCCAGAAAGGCAGUCCCGUGAAGGCUUAUGACUUUCUGUUGAAAUUCUUGCUAGUGGGUGAUAGUGAUGUGGGAAAGGGAGAGAUCCUGGCCAGCCUUCAGGAUGGAGCUAGCGAAUCGCCCUAUGGUUACAACAUGGGUAUUGAUUACAAGACAACAACAAUCCUGUUAGAUGGGCGUCGGGUGAAAUUACAACUCUGGGAUACAUCUGGACAGGGCAGGUUCUGCACCAUCUUCCGUUCCUAUUCUCGAGGAGCCCAGGGUGUAAUCUUGGUCUAUGACAUUACAAAUCGUUGGUCAUUUGAUGGUAUCGACAGGUGGAUCAAAGAAAUAGAUGAGCAUGCCCCAGGUGUACCUAAGAUCCUGGUUGGGAAUCGUCUUCACUUGGCCUUUAAGCGGCAGGUAUCAACAGAACAGGCUCAGGCUUAUGCUGAAAGGCAAGGCAUGACGUUCUUUGAAGUUAGCCCUUUGUGCAACUUUAACAUCAUUGAGUCAUUCACAGAACUGGCAAGGAUUGUAUUAAUGCGGCAUGGAAUGGACAGGCUUUGGAGGCCUAACCGUGUGCUCAGCCUACAAGAUCUCUGCUGCCGAGCCAUUGUUUCAUGCACGCAUGUACAUCUAGUGGACAAAUUACCCCUUCCUGUUACCUUAAAGAGUCACCUUAAGUCUUUCUCUAUGGCCAAUGGACUGAAUGCCAGGAUGAUGCAUGGACGUUCCUACUCUCUAACUCCUAAUGGUGGCAAACAAAGUAGUUUGAAGAAAUCCAAGAUUAUUCGUCCUUCCCAAAGUCCAACACAGAGCUGCAGUCGAAACAGUUGUAAAAUCUCUUAGCUAUGUCCACAUGUGAUAAAAGAACAUUGAAUAUCUGAUCACUACAUAUGCCAUCUUGACAUGCCAGUGUAUUGGCUAUUCCAGUGAAAGAAUUUCUUCAACAACUACAAAUGUAAAGGGCCCAUAAACUGUUGGUUCAAAGUUUGCACAAGGGAGAAAAAUUAUGCUGCUAAUUUUAAAACAUGAUUGUGAAGGGUUUGUUAAUAACAGGUAUCUCAGAUUAUCUGGACUGAUUGUUUUAAUUGAGUUGGGAGUGAAAGUCUGUUUUAUGGUAGCUCAAUGUCAAAAUAAUGUUUGUCCAUUUUUGUGAGACCCAGACAACUGAACUGUAUCUGAUUGUUUUAAGUAGAUUGGAGAAAUUAAGCAUGUGUGAUGUUGCUGAGUAUUUAAAGUUAUACUGGGAAUUGGAAUUUUACUUGCAAUGUAAACUAUACACUAUAUUGUUUAAAACUUUAUUAAAUGUUGAAGUCUGGAAAUGAAUCUUCCUGACUGUUGAAGGUCUAUUUCUGGGAAUAUGGCUUGACUUGACAAUCUGCAGCCACCCACAAAACAACCUUCAAAUUUGUAUGUAAAAGUUAUAUGCUGAGAAAUAUUAAGAAUUUGCAUAUUAAUCCAUUUUCAAGUUCCUCUGGUAGUUGUUAACUAUUGUGGAUUAAUACUAAUUCAGUCAUUUGUACAUAUAAUUUUCCUUGUGGAACUAUAAUUUGUUUUGUACAAAACAAAAAAAGCUAUGAAACUAAGAAGUAUAAUGCUAAGGUGAUCAGAAAUGCCAAAGAUGAUGAUAGUAAAAAUGUUAACAAUAUGUGGUCAAAGAUUUCUGAGUUAAGUAUCCACAAAGUUUUGUAAUUAAAAAGCCC